GUCAAAUUAGAAACAGCUGUUUUUUGAGGUUGAGUAAGGACAAUUGCUUCGUUUUGUUGGUCGCUUCGUCGGUAAUUUUGUUUGGCAAUGAAAUAAACUUUCAUACCAAACAUUUCAUUCACAACAAAAUGAUUUUUUGGUUGAAAAAGAUCUCAUCCACGAAUAAAACAAAACCCGGCUCCGGCAUUUAACGUGCUCCAAGUUUUCGCGGUUGGCCCACCGUUCUCUACAACAAUCACAUAAUUUUUGAAAGAAGAUUGAAUUGAAAAAUUAUUUCAACAUGAUGAAAAUAGUUGCCCUCAAUGAAUCUGAGAGUGAAGAUGAAGCUCCAGAUGAAACUAUCGUUACGGAUGAAGCUCAGGAAACUAUUGCCGAAACUGAAUACAUGAGAGCUCUAAAAUAUAAGGGUGCCGGAAAACCAGAUUUAGCUCUUUCUUUAAUGUUGGAGUUGUUGGAAACUCGGGUUCUCAAUGAGGUAUGCAUGGAAAGUAAUAACGAAAAACUACUUGCCAUUCGAUACAACUGCCACAAAAAUAUCGCCCUGAUUUAUGAGGAAAAAAAGGAAUUCCAAAAAUCCUUAGAUCAUUUUAUGCAGGCAAUUCACAUUGACGAUACAGACGUCUACACAAUGCAUCGAUUAGGCCAACUUGCUCUUCGUCUACACGUCCUAGACAUAGCUGAUUAUGCGUUCGAAAAAUGUCUCAAACGUAAUCCAAACCAUUGGUCUGCUGCCGAUGGAAUUCUUCAAGUUAUGUGUCUCAAUCAGAAUUUUAUGGGUGCAUAUGGUUGGGCUCUUAAGUGGUAUCUAAAAGACAACAAAUACGAACGUGCUCUUGAUGUCCUCACUGAGAUGACAGAAAAUUUUCCUGAUCUCAUUGAAUUCUAUCAAACAAUUUGGAGCACUCCAUUUGUUAAACCAAAAGGUCGCACUAGUAAGGGAAAGAAAAGUGUAUUUCCCGAAGCUCGAGACAUUCCAGAGAAAGACACUAAAAUGGUCAAACCAGAUCUUGAACAAUUUCGUGUGAAGCAGCUUGAUUGGCUUUCGAUUGGAAAGUACAUUAUUUCAGUGUACAAUCAUUUACAUGAGACAAAACAAUGUCUGUUCUUCAUUCUGAGUGUCGAUGAUUUCCUUGAGCAACCAAAAGAUGAAGACAAUGAGAAACCUAUGCGAGACACUGACCCCAACCCACAGGAUGUUGGGUUGGCCGAAAGCAAUGAAAACUCAAAUGAACCAUCGAGCAAUUCGAAUCAAUCGCCGGCGAGUAAUAGUCAACAAGAAGAGAGUGCCAGUUCGGGGAAUGAUGCAGCUGUAUUUAUAGCACCGUCCACUGAUAACAUCGGUUCGAGAACUCCUCAGCAAGGAAAUGAUUCGAAUGCUGAGGACUCGGAUACCAAUGCAAAACAAGAGACUGAGACAAGCAAACCAAAGCCAAGACGGCGAUGUAGUGAUUUGAGUUUCCUAGAACAAUGGGGUUGGCAUAAGAAUCGACGACAUACCUCGAGAAAGAAGAGUCAACAGGAUAGACCGGAAAUCGAUACCACUUUGAAUGGCUUCUUGAAACGGAUUUUUGGCAAAUUUACUGAUGAAACUUUUGAAGACGAAUGGCCAUUUAAAUCUGUUGAAAAUGAUGAAAAGUGUCCAACAAGUGAACGACAACCAUCUGUCAGGAAGCUAUCAUCAGAGAAAUUGGCAUCUUUCGAAGAAUUUCAGAGUGAAACUCAAGAUGAUUUCAUUAGAUUUCUCGAAAAGAUGAAAUCCCGACCAUUCGAUUUGAUUCUCCUCAUUUUUCGUUGGCUCAAAUUCGUUUCGAAAUAUUGGGACAAAUCUAUGGGAGAUGAGAUGAAGGAUGCAUAUCAUGAAAUUUGCUCAUAUUAUUUGAGCCACUAUGAAUUGGUUACAUGGAAUCAAUUGUCUAAUGAUAAUUUCAAUGCUUCUUAUCGGAUGUGCAUGUUCUUCAUGGAACUGGACCUCGAGAAGAGUAUCAAAUCAGAUAGCGAAAUAAGUGCACUAUGGCAAAAGCUAUUCACACAUCUCAGCUUUAAUUCUGGAUGUGCUUAUGUCAUUUCCGAUGAUCUCUACGAACGUAAUAUUAUUCGUUUGAUACACAUGGAAUAUUGUUGGGCGAAAUAUGAGAAUCGUUUGAGUCAAUGUGUUGAAAGUCUACAACAUUUGGAGGAAUUAAUAAGCGAACAGAGUGAAGAUUUUUCUUUGGAAUUACCAAAUAUGAAAGAAGAAUUAAAUUAUCUUGAUCGGGAAACUGUUAAAGUUACAAGAACUGAAACACAGAGAAAAAUUGGAUUAAAUAAAGUGAGGGAUUUGUAUGAGCAAAAACAAUGGAAAGAACUCAUUGUGAUUCUGAAGGACAGCCUCAUCCAUAGCAAAGAGGUAAAAGAUAGUGAAGCUUGGGUUAAAGAUCUUCAAACACAAUUUGAAGUUUUGUUGGAGUCUAUUUGGCAAACUGGAGACUUUGAGGAAUGUCUUAUUUGGGCAGAAAGAUGCAUGCAAUAUGCCGUUGCAAAAUACACUGGCGAAACUGGAGAGACAUACAGGCAGAGAAAGUGGGCAGAAAACAUAAACUAUAUUUUUACUUAUCUAGAAGCUUUGAUUCUAAAUGAAGGAUCCGAAAUAUUGGAUCAUCUAGAAAAGUAUUUGCCUCGCUUGGUGCAAAAUAUUAUCAAGCUCUUGGCUCAUCAAUUGGAUGCCCCAUUUGAUAAAAAUAACAAUGCCCAACACCCAUUAGAGAUAAAGCGUCCAUGGGUCGUAUUACAUCAAGUUUUAUUAAGGGAAGAACACAAUAGUCCAAUUGUUAUAAAAACUCGUCCACUUGAUGUCACAAUGGAUACUGAAGAAAUCGAAGAUCUACUACCUCAUUCAUUUUUAACGCUUUUUACUGCCCAUGAGUUCCUCGGCAAGCGUCAGUGGUGUACACGUGACAGUGGACAAUUACUUUUGUACACCAUCGAAAUGAUUGCGCCAAAUUUAAGAGCCCCUCUCUAUGAUUCGUGUCGUGAUAUUGUGAUGGAAUAUAUGGAACAGACAACUUACUGUCUUUAUGGCUAUCCACCGAAAAAAGCUCGAUCAAGGCACAUUGAAGAACACGAAGCAACAUCAGUAGAGCUGACGUGGCAGAGAGCAAUUCAACUCUUUGAUCUCUAUCGACCAGAAAAUCUACCAGAAUUUAAUUCCUACAAACUCGAAUCGAUUUCAGCUGAUAUGGAACAGUUAUUGCUUAAGAUUGUUCCAUUGAUUCCAAAGGAAAUGGAUCCCACUACGGUGAUCUCGAAUAUUCAUGAUUUCAUAUCGGGCUCCAGGGAUUCUCUACCAGAUGAUUGUGUUCUCUUGCCAUAUAGAAUAUCAUGUAUCUACUAUCUGCUGGCAGAUUAUUAUUUUAAGAGUAGGGAUUUCUCGAAAACCUUAAAGUAUUACCCACUGGAUUUAGCUUGUCAUCCAGAUCGUUUUGAUUCUUGGGCUGGAAUGGCUUUAUCCAAAGCUAGCAAAAUCGAAACUAAACUAAAUGGAUUCUUAACGAUUGAAAAUCCUGCAUUUAUGAACGAGUGCGAAGAUACUAUUCGAUGUUUCAAACAAUGUACCAAGUUGAACCAUGAACAAGUGUUAGUCUGGAUAGAAUAUGGAUCAUUUGCUUAUACAUUGCAUUCGUUUUGUUCUAGAGAUUUGAAACAUUCAUCAGAUACUCUUUCGCUGGAACAGUUCACGGCUGUUGAAGAUCGUAAAGAGAAUUUCUUAAAAAUUGCCAAUGACUGUUUUACUAAAGGUGAUGUCAUGCUACAAAAUCAAACGGAAGACGAAAACGACGAUGAUAAUGACUCUCACGAUGAAAAGUGGUUGAAUCAAUAUAUGCUGGGUAAAAUUGGUGAAAAACGAAAAGAACAACCUUCGAUUUAUAUGAAUCAUUACUUAAAAGCUGCAAAUUAUCUCUACGAAAACAAUGCAACUUAUCCAAUAAAAAUCAACCACAGUAAUCCAACAACCUUAUCCGUAGAAGCUCUUGAAAUGUUCUAUAGAACAAAUGCAGCAAUAAUUAAAUUCCUUGAACACGAUAAAGAAAUAUCUCGAGAAGUUGGAGAUCUUUUCAAUCAGAUUUUGAAUAAUUUGGCAAAUAGUCCAUUUGCUUUUAAUAAAGCAAAAAUUGAUGAUAAUAGUUUGAAUGCAUUUAAACGCAAGAUUGCCGAUAAAGUUGAAAGUAAUGCAAUCAAACAAGCAAAACUGGAAGAAGUAGCAGCAGCAGCUGCCGCAGCUCAAACUUUAAGUCAACCAUUGUCAACGGAACCAAUAAUUGAAAAUGUUGCUCCUACAGUUUUGGUUACUUCACCUACUUCGGCUACUGUAACUCCAGUUAUUGUGGAAACUCAAAAAGAACCAGAACCAGCUUUGCCAAAGCCAGCUACAGCUACUAUGGAAGUUAUUGAAAGUGCGGAGAGUAUUAAUACUGGAAAUGUAACAGCAGCUACAAGUAAAGCAACAAGUCCAUCACGUCGGGCAUCACAGGAAAGUUCAGCUACAAACUCUUCAAGUACAGCUACUGGAACUACAAGUUCAGCAUCUUCAUCCAGCACCUCAGAUUCAUCGAGUUCCGAUUCGGAUAGUUCAGAUUCUGAGAGCUCAUCCACUGAUGAUGGCAAGAAACGUGACAAAAAUUCUCCUUACUCUGAACAUGAAUUGGAGGCUAUUUAUCGUUCGUGUGUUCGAAACUUGGAAGAAUGCGUUACUCGAUUCCCAGAACACUACAAAUCUGUUUAUCGCUUAGUUCACCAUUACUUACAUGCACCGGAAAAAUUCAAGGACCUUGAAAAAUGUCGUCAACUUCUAUUGGGUCAAUAUACUACCAAUUUGGGCAAUCAAAUUAACGGUCUCUUCUCCGAUCGUAAGAAUAAUAAUAUUUUUAAUGGAAUCUGGCGAAUUCCUUCGUCGGAAAUUGAUCGUCCUGGAAGUUUUUCAUCGCAUUUAGUCAAAUGUGUUAGCAUUCUUAUUCAGGUAUUGAGGAAGUCAAAUAAUCAUAAGCUUCUCAUAGAUGUCGCCCUGCAACUAUAUCGUACUCCGGAUAAUGAUAAACGUUACAUCAAGGAUUCCGAGCGAAUGGAACUAUAUCAACAAGCAAUGACAUUCUGUGUUCAAAUCAUGCGAAAUAUCCUCAAAAACAUCACGGAAACCCGUGACAAUGUAGAAACUUUAAAUCUACUCAUCGAUAUUUACAAAGCUCAUAAGAAGUGCAUUAAACACAUGAAUCAAAAAGAACCCCUUUUCAUUCAAUUGCUUGUUGAUGUUUAUAAGUUCUACAUCCAAGACAAAGUCGUUAAAAUGCCAGAAAACUUAAAUCUCGUGGAUUUGGCUAUAAAGCUUUGUCUGCAAGAGAUUUCUGUACGAAAGAAUCAAGAAAAACAGGCUUUGGCUGGUGGUGCAAGUGGUCAACAACAACCAGCAACUAUUGUGACAUCAGGAUCGGGAGAAAUCCCACCGAUUGGACCGAAGCCAGCAGUUACAACUGCAAAUGUCCCACCAAUCAUUAAUAAAACAAUACAAAUUCCUGGUAUUACAUCCAGAGCUCGAGGUCGUCCAGUAGGCAGCAAAAAUACACCUCCACAAGUCAGUGUAUCGUCCUUUCAACAACAACAACAGCAGCAACAACAACAGCCCACUGUUUCAUCAGCUUCGAUUCAGGCAGCCAGCAAUCUUAUAAAUCAAACAUCAUUGGCAUCUCUUAUGUCUAUCUAUACGAAUCCCACAAUGACAAAUUCAAUGACUACGGAUCAAGCUGCUUUCCAAAAACUCGUCGCAGAAUAUUAUGCUUUGCUUGGGGGACCAGCUGCAUCCGCAGCAUCGUUGCUUCCUAACCUAGCAGCUCCAUCAAUGAAUCCCAUUCUUAAUCCAUUGGCAGCUUUGCAACCUCCUAAAACACCAACAACUCCGAAUAUUCCCGAAUCGUCGCCACCAAUAUCGACUGCAAAAAUCCCACAAUUUGAUAUUAAAAAUCUUAUUGCAUCUGCAGCAUCACAAGUGUCAAAAACUGCAACAUCAUCGCACAACCAAUCUACCACCAUUAACAUUGGUGGAGGUGAAUUAACCAUAACUCCCACUUCGUCAAAAGUAAUGCACCCCAAGGAACCAACGACUGGUUCGUCUAAACUCUCAACAUCGAUGCCAUCGACAGCAUCGUCUAUUUCGGUCACAAAAGUUCCAGCACAUUCACCGAAUAUCUAUGUCAAACCAUUGUCUGAUAUGACAUCAAUUCUCCCUCCAAAACUUCCCGAACUGCCAAAAUCUCUAUCGAUAACACCUUCCACUAAUAUGUUCCCUGUUGAAAAAUCUAGGGCUCAAAAAAUACCUAACAUGUCGAUGAUACCCGAACUGAAAAUACCCGACAAACCUCAAGGCAAAGCUAAAAGUUCUUCUAAAAAGAAACCAGUUCAACAAACUCCCUAUUCACGUCCUCCUUCUGUUCCUCCUUCGAAUCCCACAAAUCCAGCAACUACACUAGCUGGUUUAACAACUGCGGAAUUGGCUUCCCUAGCCAGCAUAAAUCCACAGUUUCCACUGUUAAGCCACUUCAGUAUGGAUAAUUACAAUCAACAAGCUGCCAUGCUCACUCAAUAUGCUGACCUCCUAAAAAGAAUGGGUACCGAUAGUUCCAUGGUCUCGCAAAUAGCUCAAAUGUCCCAAUUUCAACAAUUCCAAAUGCUUGGCCAGAAACGUCCCUACGCCAAACGCAAUCGUCAACCAAAACCGAAGAAACCAACGCAGGACAUUCAUGCGGCUGUAGAAUCGGCCCUGAAGUCGCUUUCACCACAAAUCACAAUGAUUCCAUCGACUUCAAAAACUCCCAAGCAACCAUUUAAUAUGAAGACAUACAAUUCUCCAGCUACUCUAACGUCAGUGGGACCACCACCACCAUCUAUGUCAAUGAGUGCUCCACCACAAGGAGGCAGAAUUACACCCAAAACCAUUCCAACACCACCGCCAUCUAUAACCCCUGGUCUUCAGCAAACAAGUCCAGUAAAAACUCUGCAACAAAAGCUAGCAGAAAGACAGAAAGCUAAUCAGCAAAUGAAUGAAAAUGCCCAAAAGCCAGGUUCUAGUGGUGGAGGGGGAGGAGGUACAGGAGGAGGAGGAAGUAACUCGUCAUCGUCAUCAUCAUCGGGAGGAGGUAAACGUGGCAAGAUUGAUGUUAUUAUCUUGGAUUAACUUAUUCUCUUUAUAUUUAAGCAGUCUAUUUCAAUUCGAAUUAUUGAGUGAGUGUCCAUAUAUUCCAACUUAAUUGGAUGCUAAUAAAAUAGUAAUUUACUCAUAUUAUUAUAAUCAAUAAAUAAACUUCAUAUUAUUCAUUCUACCCUAUAAA